AUAAUCUAUUUAUGCAUCGUUACAUACAACUGUGUAUAGUACUGAACUGGAAGCAUGAACCCCUUUAGGUUGACGUGCGCCUACGCGCUGCCGGAGUUGGAGUCGGAGGAGGAGGAGAUGGCGAGCAUGGAUGCGUCUGUGGCGGCGGUGGAGCAGCUGCUGCAGUAUCAAUUCAAGAACAGGAAGCUUCUAGAAGAGGCUCUGACUCACUCUUCCUACACCGAAUCGGCUUCUUACCAGCGUCUCGAGUUCCUCGGCGACAUGGCUCUGGGCUUAGCAAUCACCAAUUUCGUGUUCUUAGCUUAUCCCGAGCUUGACCCCGGUCAACUCUCCCUCUUACGCGCCGCCAACAUCAGCACCGAGAAGCUCGCGCGCGUCGCCGUCCGCCACAGCCUUUAUAAAUAUGUCCGCCACAAUGCCACCGGUCUCGAUGAAAGGGUGAAGGAGUUUGUGCUUGUGGUCCAAGAAGAGCAAGAAACUGAGUUCUAUGGCGGCGCUAUGAAAGCACCCAAAGUCCUUGCAGAUAUCGUGGAGUCCAUUGCCGCCGCUGUAUAUGUGGAUUGUGACUUCGAUUUGAAGGAGCUAUGGGUGAUCUUUAGAGGCCUACUGGAUCCCAUUAUCACCCUUGAGAUGCUACAACACCAACCGCAGCCUGUAACGAUGCUUUAUGAACUUUGCCAAAAAGUCGGGAAAGUGGUGGAUAUAAAACAUUGGAGGAAUGGGGACAAAAACAUUGCGAGUGUAUAUAUCGAUGGAGAAUUCCUAGUCUCAUCUUCUUCAGAGCAAAAGGAAAAUGCGAGGCUUCAUGCAGCAAAGGCUGCACUGGAGAAGAUGGCUUAUAAAGUGAGUAACAAAUACAGUAUUGAGUUUGAUGCGACAAAGGGAAAUGAUGGAGCAAAGCAGAAGCUGUAUGAACUUUGUGGAAAAAGGAAAUGGCCCAAGCCAACUUAUAGAGUUGAGAAGGAGCUUGGCCCGUCCCAUGACCGAAAGUUUGUCUGCUCAGUUCAAGUAGACAGCGGUGAUGAUGGUGUGGUUUUCAGAGUAGGUAAGGAAAGGUCUCGGGUUAUGUACGCGGCUGGAGACGAAAUGCUUCGAAUUAAAGAUGCAGAGAACUCUGCAGCCUUUGCCAUGUUGUGUGGUCUGAAAGACGCAAAUGUCAUAUGAUGUCUUCCCUGCUUGUUGGGUUUAUAGAUGGCUUAUAAAUCUGGUACUUGCAUAGAUUCAUAGAGAAAAUGGACACCAUCACCUUAUAUGAUUGUAACUUGCUUCAUCAUUCUUACCCUCUUUACUUAAGCUCUGUUUGUGAAAAAGACACCGCUGUCUUUAAAGUAUAGAGAUAUAGUGAGUUUUGUGUCUUAAUUAUGGAUUUUGGUCAUAAAGUAUUAAAGAUGUAUAAUGAGAAAAUUGCAAAGUGGAGUGUCUUUGAAUCCAAGCUCA